GACUAGACUGAAGGAACUACUGAUGAAGCUGCAAUUCUCCAACCAGCGCAUGUGGAAGCGCGUGGCACGACGGAGUACUCGCCUUAAGUAGAUACCGCCGUUUUGUCGCUUUUGGUCUUCGAACCGCGUCGAAGAGUCGAGGAGUUCCUCUGCAAGUGACCUCGGGCUUUCAUUGGCUCGGUAGGUUUGCCGCCAAGAUGGACGUCAUGUACCGGGCCAGCGCCUGGUUUUCGGCGCUGCGGGACAAGCCGUUCCCGACCAUGUACGGCGAGAACAAGACUGCCGUGACGGCCGAUGUCCUCGAAGCGGGACUCAUCCUAGCCUUCUGCAUUCUCACCUUCGCUUUCCUGCUGCUGCUUCCAGGCGUGCGAGGAGGACAGAAAAUAAACGUGCUGGUGAGAGUCGGCGUGAGCCUCUUCAUCGGCGCCUUCAUACUGCUUUGCAAUUUCGGCCAGGAGUGGGAGGUUUCCAAGAUCAGAGCCGUCACCCCUUACCGAGCUUUUAGUCACCAGGAGCUGCAUGCUGAGAUCGAGGUGAAGAUCGGUCUACGAAGCGUCAACAUCACCCUCCGAAACGAGACGGUGUACGAGGGAACGGCAGGCGACAAGGUGGACUACAACGAAAGGUUUACAUGGGCAUGGGAGCAGGGCAGGGCGGGAUUCGGACCUCAAGCGGGUCAUUUCAACCGGGACUUCCGGACGGCGCAAGUGAAAGGAACUCCCUUUCCGAUCCUCUGGAUUGCCGAGUACUUCACUUUCGACGGCGAAGGCAUCCGUUUCGGCAGGCACUACCGGACAGCAGGGUGGUACACGCACAUUCUACUGUGGACUGCCUUUCCUUUGUGGGUCGUGAGCAACUUGGUGUUCUUCACUGUUCUCUGGUACGGAGCAUGCGUGCUCAUUUUGACGGGAUCGUGUCUGAUUGCGGGCACGAUAGUCUACGCAAGCGUGCGCAACUUCAUCCCUCUGGAGGUCCCAUUUUACGACGGUGACCAACUGGUCCACAUCCGGAUGAUCUACGGAUGGUGCUUCUGGAUGAACCUCGUCAACGGACUGGUGUGCCUGCUGGUAGGCAUCGUUGUGCUCUUCAUGGACCUUCGCUACCCUGACAUCAUCAGCACCUUCUUCGGCAUCGACAUUCUGCAGGACUACGAGGAAAUAUACGAAGACCCCGCCGAGCUGACUAAGAAGAAGAAAGAUGCCGUGUCUGUUCCCCUGACGGAGACGGCUCUACUGGCGCCAAGCAGCCCCCCUCCUGACUACAGCAACGAGGGCCCAGAAUACGAGGCACCGGCGCUUCGCAAGCGGACAGUACUUAGCCGGUACCAGCGCAGUUCCAUCCGCAAGCCUGCCCCUGCCCCGCGCCGUCUCAACAUGUCCCCGACGCUGGCGACCGCAACCGAAGAGGACGACGACAAUCCCAUCUACGAGAACACCUUCCAACCCGACAGACACGAUGGCGCCGAAGAUGGCGGCGUCGGCAAUUCCAAGGAGAACAUCCUGCUGGCUACGCUGAAGCGGUGAACGCGAGUGAAGAAGCUGCGAGGUACUCGGGCCUCCGGGCACAGCCAAUACCACCCAGCAGAUAAGGCCCGUACCUGUUUCCCCAAACGUCGUCGAUCGUGGAUCCACGCCACCCAGCGCGCAUCAGCAUCGCCGCCGUCGAGCUACAGCGGAUGUGUUGGCCGUUUGGGGUGGAUCGGAGAUUCACCAAUGAUGACGUAACCCGCAUGCCUUAUCUUCUGGGUGGUGUUGUCAGCACUCACGGGGGGUAUCAAAUGAUGGUCGCCUUUGUACGCCAAGUGGCGUUCAGAUAUCUGAAGUCUUUCUCAUGCGUUCAUAUCGGUGCAUGUAGUUGAAACACUUCCGACGUCGCCUCAAAGCGCGCAGCCCGCUGGUGCUGAGCAACUUUUGUUUCGUGUCCGAGCGUACGUCGCAGCCUAAAUGUAGCGAUUCGUUUUCCUGGUAUCAGAACUGAAUAAAAACAUGAGUGUGCGAUGUUUUUGAGUCCUGCA